UGUUGUUUCUCUUUGGCUGGAGUGGACUGACUGAUCAAUGAACCCAAGAGGUGUAGCUUACCAAAUCAGGCUCACCCACCUUGUGCUCUGCAAUGAGUCACUGUUAAUCAAAAGUGCUUUUAUUCACUAACUCUGAAAGCUUCUGCUGGGUUUCUACACUUUUAUUAUUCUCUCUCCUCUGUGUACAACCUGUAUCCUGUAUCAUUUUCCAUUUUUAUCAACAUGUUCGCGAACAAGCGUCUGGGAAAGGAACUGCUCAAGAUGCAAUCCUCCCUUCCACCUGGAAUAUCCAUAGUGAACGCAGACAACUUCCACGAGUGGGAAAUGGAUAUCCAAGUUCUUGAUUCUAAUCCUCUCUACCAAAACGACACAUACCGCCUCCAUUUCACAUUUACCAAAAACUACCCCAUAGAGGCUCCCGAAGUCAUAUUCAUCUCCCUUCCUCAGUCAUCGCCGACGCCCCGUCGCAUCCCCAUCCAUCCCCAUGUCUACAGCAAUGGAAUCAUAUGUCUUGACCUCCUCGGCCCCACAGGCUGGACCCCCGUACAAACGGUAGAAAGCGUCUGCAUGAGCAUCCAGAGCAUGCUCACAGGAAAUACCAGGAACGAAAGACCACCUGAUGAUGGGGAUUUCCCUCCUGGGUCCCGCCCAAGGCCAAGGGACCUUUUAUUUGAAUAUGACGACGACGGAGUUUGAAUAGAUGCAUACGAAUCAAGAGGGAAAAUAAUCUGCCUCCGGCCUUUUGUUAUUCACGGAUUGCGCGCGGUUUGGAUAGAGGCCUUGUGCCAUUUGGCUCUACAACCCUUGGGCAAUGGAAAUGCGAGGGAAGUUUGUCUCCUACGUAUCCUUGCUACAGAUGACUCUUAUGUGCUUUUUUGUGGCUGCUGAGGUUGUCGUUCUUGCCUUUUAUUUAAGGCUGGACACUGACGAUUCUUAUGAUUGAUGAAAUUUUGAUACGACCAUUGUUUUCACGUAGAGUCUAUCACAAGAAGUCAGACCGACUUUUCCUUUUUUUCUUUCCCCCCCUUGCACGGGAGAUGACUGGGUUCACGCUAGCACUCCAGGUCUAAUGAACUACAAUUCACACCAAGAUAAUGGCCU